AUGUUACCGGAAGAUAUUGAAUUGUAUUGUCCAUACCAAAAUUAUUACCCCAGAUGCAUGCAAGAACUAAAGAUGUUAGAUUUGAGUCAACGCAUACGUUCCAAACAUAACUGGCAUAAAAAGGUAUUAAAAAAUGAAAUAGUUUCGAAAUGGAGGAAAGAAGCAGAAGAGCAUGGAUAUGAUGUCGACGCAAUAGAUUACGUCAUUGAAGAAGUAAAGUAUUAUGCGACCUUGAAAGAUGGUUCUAUUGAACCAGGACCAGUUGAUGGAUCAUGGCAAGCAGAUAAUCUUAUUGACGAUGCUUUCUCUUAUGAAUUCAAAAAACUUGUUUCUGAAACAUUAGAAAAUAUUCCAGACGAAGAGAUUGAUUAUCAUCCCGGAAGCGACAAUCAAGUAAUUGAUUUGGUUCAUCCAUCACUUUACUGUUAUGUUGAAGAUAUGAGUUUAUUGAUCAACCGGAAAACAAUUAAUCCGACUGUGUUAUCAAGUAUCGAAAAUCCAAAAAUGAAAGACAGGAAUUGGAAAUAUGUUCCCACGUACCGUCCAGAAGCCAAAUACAGAUGGAUGCCAGCUGAAAUCUCAUUCAAAGAUGAUACAACAAUUUCAUUUGAUUCUUAUAUCAAUAAUCUUCAUCCUUUUACACACAACAAGCUUUAUGAUUUCAUUGGUGAGAUUUUAAGAAGAUUUAUUCCGAUGUUCAAUCGAUCACUUACUGAUGUUGCUAAUCCUCGAGGGUUGAGAAUUGACCUCAAAGGUUGGUCAUGGUACCACCCUGAAGAUACUUCUAAUUCAGAUUACAAAAGCUACAGAGAAUAUAUAAAAAAUCGACCAAUUUUACCAGUACCUGUUCCUAAAUUUGAAAUUCCUAUACCUCCUGAGAAAUUUAUUGAUCUAAAUGGUGAAAAAUUACAAAUUAUUGUGAAAUUAUCCUACAUAAAACUUACUCCAGAAAAACCGAAAUAUCCUGGUGGAACUUGGCAUGUUGAAGGAAUCGAUGAAGAGAGAAUUGUUGCGACAGGAAUUUAUUAUUAUGAUGUUGACAACAUUACAGAAUCAAAACUUUCUUUUCGUAUAUCAGUUGGAGCACCAAAUUAUUCGCAAGAUGAUCAUCGUGGAGUUGAAGUUAUUUAUGGAUUCAAAAAUAGGGAACCAUUGAAUCAAGUUAUAGGACAUUUGAUAACUAAACAAGAUCGUUGUAUUGUUUUUCCAAAUGUUUAUCAACAUGUCGUAACUCCUUUUGAGUUGAUUGAUGAAACUAAGCCAGGAUAUCGGAAAAUUUUGGUAUUCUUUCUCGUUGAUCCUUAUACAAAAAUAGUAUCAACACACAAUGUUUUGCCGCAACAGCCUGGAUGGGAUGAUGUAGAUGCAUGGGCCCCCAAGAACAAACGAAGGACAUUUACUAGAAGACGAGCUGAAGAAAAUAGGGAAAAGCUCAUGUUUGAACGUAAAUAUAGACGUGACGAAUACCAGGAAUAUUAUUAUGAAAGAGAAUUUUCCUUGUGCGAGCAUUGA